AUGAGAGUUCAUCCAAGAACUGACGAGAAGACCAAAGCAGAUGUGUCGUCCUGGGGUUACGACGGGGUAAGUGGGAAAGAAGGAGCGCAUAACAACCAGUACAGAAAUGAAGAGAAUGUUCUACGGUUGAUUGUGCUGAUAAUUGCACAGCUCUUACGUGUAUUUAAAUCAUUGAAUUAUACGGCUGCUGCACAGAAUAAUAAAGAUUCCAGCCAGAAUGUCUUGCAACUGUUUAAUGGAUAUGCUUACAGUGGUGUGGAAACUUUGGGGAAGGAGCUCUUUAUGUACUUUGGGCCAAAAGCUUUACGAAUUCAUUUUGGAAUGAAAGGCUCUGUCAUGGUUAAUCCACGUGGGUCCAGAAAUACAAAAGGUCUUUCUCCUGUUUUUGAAGUGCAGCUCACCAAAGAUUUGAUUUGUUUCUUUGAUUCAUCUGUAGAACUCAGAAACUCAAUGGAGAGCCAACAGAGAAUAAGAAUGAUGGAGGGAUUAGAUGUAUGUUCACCUAAAUUUAGUUUUUCCAGAGCACAAAGUCAAGUUAAAAAGCAACAAGGUCGGAUGCUAUGUGAUGUGUUACUGGAUCAGAGAGUGUUGCCUGGGGUGGGAAACAUCAUCAAGAACGAAGCUCUCUUUGACACUGGUCUUCACCCAGCUGUGAAAGUAUGUCAGUUAACAGAUGAACAGAUCGUUCACCUUGUGAAAAUGAUACGUGAUUUCAGCAUUCUGUUUUACAGGUGCAAUAAAACAGGAUCUGCUGUGUCUAAACACUACAAGGUUUAUAAGCGUCCUAAUUGUGGCCAGUGCUGCUGCAAAAUAAUUGUGUGUCGUUUAGGAGAGAAUAACAGGAUGACAUAUAUCUGCCCUCAGUGUCAAAAAGAAAACCCCCAGCUUGUGGAUGUGAGCAAGCUGCCAACUAGAAAUACCAUCAUUGGCUGGACACGUUGGCGGGCGGACGUGAUGGGCUCUGUAGCACGGAAAUCUGAAGAGCAGUGGUCCUGUGUGCGCUGCACGCUAAUCAAUAAACCUUCUUCUAAAGCGUGUGAUGCUUGCUUGACCUUAAGGCCUGCUGAUUCAGUUCCUAAGAAUGAAGAAAAUUCUAUUGCCUUUAACAGCCUAGUGAAGUAUCCUUGUAAUAACUUUGGAAAACCAAGCACAGAAGUGAAGAUCAACAGGAAAACGGCCUUUGGAACCACCACCCUGGUCUUGACCGAUUGGAGCAGUAAAUCCAGUACUUUGAAAGGAAAGAAAAGCCCAAACCAGAUAAUAGAUGGGGAAUUUCAUAACUCUUCUCCCUCUAAUGUUUGUUUUAUGGGUACACGGUACCCCUCGAACGAGACCACAGACUAUAUAACUCAACUAUCCAACAAAGAAAACCGAUCACCUGUGGGCAGCUCUCAGUCUAAAUUAUUUAGUCCAGUACAUAAAAAAUUGAAAACAACCCACUCUUCACCGGAUCUCAAAAGUUGUGUGCCUGGCUUGUCAAACAGUGAACUUCCAAUGAAUGUGACAGAUGGUCCUUGUGCAUUAAACGCUGGCAGUCCUCGCUGCAGUAAACACAACCGCCUCUGCAUUCUCCGCGUGGUGAGGAAGGAUGGGGAAAACAAGGGCAGGCAGUUUUACGCCUGUCCGCUACCUAGAGAAGCACAAUGUGGAUUUUUUCAAUGGGCAGAUUUGUCCUUCCCGUUCUGCAGCCACGGAAAGCGGUCCAUCAUGAGAACAGUGCUGAAGAUGGGACCUAAUAAUGGAAGGAAUUUUUUUGUGUGUCCUCUUGGGAAGGAAAAACAGUGUAAUUUUUUUCAGUGGGCAGAAAAUGGGCCAGGAAUAAAAAUUACUCCAGGGUGCUGAUAUACUUUUUUGGUUCUAUAAAAUAUCUGGCAUUUAAUCUUUUUUAGUCUGUGUAUAUUAUUUAGUCCCUUUUCAUUUGAGAGAAAUGUUAUAGAAUACAUAUAGUUGAUUGUGAUCUUACUGCAAUCUUUGAGAAUCUUUUUCUUUUUUUAUGCCUGCCAUCCUUUCAGUUUUGAUCUCCAUUAUCCUUUUAAUCUCGAUGAAUGUUAUGUGGGUUUCAUCAAUUGUAUAGCAUAUUCUACUUAGAACGUAUAGUUUAUGCAUAUAACAAUGGUAAUAAAGUUAUUUCUAAUAUGCUUUUAAUUGCUU